AUGUUUCCAAGAAAAAAAUAUAUAAUAGUCACACGUAAGAAGAAAUCAACUCCAGUGAGUAUUGAAUCCUUUAAAGAAUUAAACUUGAAAUUUGAUGCCAUUAUUGCUGAAUUUAAAAAGGAAAAGAAAACACUCAUUGAUAUUAAUGCCAAACUUCAUGCUAGGAUUGUUGAAUUAGAAUAUGACAAUGAAGACCUAGAUUUUGAUGUAUACUCACAAAAUAAAGAGAACAAUGCUAGAUUUGCGAAAUUAGAACAGACUCAAGAUAGAAUAAUUAGUUUCUUUAGUAAUAAUCAAUCGACUCCAGUGAGUAUCGAGUUCAACUUGAAACCUGUUACCGCUGAGCUUAAAAAGCAAUUGACUCCAGUGAGUAUCGAGUCCUUUAAAAAAGAAUUAGACUUGAAAUUUGAUGCCGUUAUUGCUGAAUUUGAAAAUGGAAAUGGAGAAUAUUGUUACCAUGAUAUUAUUGAAGCAAUCGUUGAUAUUAAUAAAGCACUCACUGAUGUUAAUAUAGCACUCAUUGAUGUUAAUGCCAAACCUUAUGCUAGGUUUAAAGAGUUAGAAAAUGAUGAUAGAGAGUAUGAUAAAAGAUUGCGGGAGUAUAAAGAAAGAUUGCAGGAGUAUGAUGAAAGAUUUCGGGACCUAAAAUUAAAGAGUUUGAGGCUAAAAAACGAAAUUAGAGAAUAA